AUGAUUGGAAGCCGCACCGUGACUCUGGGCGCAAUGACGAUUGUCAACGCCAUCGCUGCGACAGCCCAGAACCUCACCUUCGGAGCCGAUAACUUUUACCGCAGCGAGCACGUCCAGAUCCAACCCGUCGGGUUUCCAACACAAUACCAUACCAAUGUCUCGGGAAAUCUCUUCUAUCCGCGAAACCUAAGCCGAAGCUCUGAAACUCCCGCCAUCGUCGUCGGUCACCCAAUGGGCGCUGUCAAGGAGCAGAGCGCCAACCUCUAUGCCACCAAGCUUGCCGAGCAGGGCUUCGUCGCCGUCUCGAUCGACCUUCCUCACUGGGGUGGUAGUGCCGGCGAGCCUCGCAAUGCUGUAUCGCCCGAAUACUAUGCAGAAGCGUUCAGUGCUGCUGUUGACUACCUGACUCUCCAGUCCUACGUUGACUCUGAGCGCAUUGGCGGUGUUGGCAUCUGUGGCAGCGGCUCCUUCAUCCUUAGCGCAGCUAAGAUCGAUUCUCGCCUCAAGGCUAUUGCUACUGCCAGCAUGUAUGAUAUGGGCGCUGUCACACGCAACGGUCUCCAAAAGGCACAGACCUUGGCCCAACGCAAGGAACUCAUCGAUGCUGCUAGCGCCCAGCGCAACAACGAGUCCCAGGGUGCCGUACCCGAGCUUAUUGGAGGCACUGUGGAUAGGGAGGAGGACGCUACGGACCCCAUUCAGCAAGAGUUCUACGAUUUCUACCGCACAACUCGUGGUGAAUUCACGCCCCCUGGUGCCCUACCCAACACUACAACCCACCCCACCCGCUCCAGCCAGGUCAAGUUCCUGAACUUUUACCCCUUCAAUGACAUCGACACCAUCUCGCCCCGUCCUUUGCUCUUCAUCUCAGGGGACCAGGCUCACUCGCGUGAAUUCAGCCAGGAUGCCUAUGAGCGUGCUACCGAACCUAAGGAGCUAAUCUGGAUCUCUGGCGCUGGCCAUGUUGAUCUUUAUGAUCGUGUGGAGCUUAUUCCCUUUGACAGACUUACAAGCUUCUUCAAGCGCAACCUUUAG